CUGGCUCAUUUUUGUAACGGUACUGCGUCUGUACGGGAGUGUCCAACUGUUGGGCAAGCGAUCGGGCAAACAGAAUGAUAAGCGAGUGACAAGUGGACUAUUUGUUCCAAGUGGAUAAUGUAGGUCGGUUAUAGGUAGUUUGUUUUGUUAAUUGCUAGAAAUCUGAGGAUAAUUAUCAGCUCUUGACGCUGUCAUCUAGUGUGCCGUGUGAGAUUUUGUGCUGGAGUGAACGCUCUGUGGUGAAGUUACAGUAAACAGUUCGUUGGUGGUUAUCUGGAGUGCGUCGCGAUGGCAGAAGCAGCAGCCGCCGCUGGCACUAACCCCAACGCGGAAAUAGUGCGUGGCCAGGUGUUCGAAGUGGGCCCCAGAUACACAAACCUUCAGUAUAUUGGGGAAGGAGCGUACGGGAUGGUUGUGUCGGCCUUCGACAACGUGAAGAAGACGAAAGUCGCCAUUAAGAAAAUAUCGCCAUUCGAACACCAGACAUACUGUCAAAGGACGCUACGAGAAAUCAAAAUUUUGACCCGGUUUAAGCAUGAAAAUAUUAUUGAUAUACGGGAUAUUUUAAGAGCAGAAACUAUUGAUCAAAUGAAAGACGUCUACAUCGUACAGUGCUUAAUGGAAACGGACCUCUACAAAUUGUUAAAAACACAGAAAUUAAGCAACGAUCACAUCUGUUACUUCCUAUACCAAAUUCUGCGAGGGCUCAAGUACAUUCACUCGGCGAACGUUCUGCACAGAGAUCUUAAGCCCUCCAACCUAUUACUGAACACCACCUGUGAUUUGAAGAUUUGCGACUUCGGUCUGGCGCGAGUAGCGGACCCCGACCACGACCACACCGGCUUCCUCACGGAGUACGUCGCCACUCGCUGGUACAGAGCCCCGGAGAUUAUGCUCAACUCCAAGGGCUACACCAAGUCGAUAGACAUCUGGUCCGUGGGCUGUAUCCUGGCGGAGAUGCUGUCGAACAGACCCAUCUUCCCGGGCAAGCACUACCUGGACCAGCUGAACCACAUCCUCGGAGUUCUGGGCUCGCCCAGCCGUGAGGACCUGGACUGCAUCAUCAACGAGAAGGCCCGCGGCUACCUGGAGUCGCUGCCGUUCAAGCCGCGCGUGCCUUGGGCGGAGCUGUUCCCCGGGGCAGACGCGCGGGCGCUGGACCUGCUGCAUCGCAUGCUGACCUUCAACCCGCACAAGCGCAUCACCGUAGAGGAGGCGCUCGCGCAUCCCUAUCUCGAGCAGUACUACGACCCCAACGACGAGCCAGUGGCGGAGGAGCCCUUCAGGUUCGCGAUGGAGCUGGACGACCUGCCCAAGGAGACGCUCAAGAAGUACAUCUUCGAGGAGACGCUACUGUACAAGCAAACAAACGAAGGCGCGUAAGCGGCGACACAGCGCAAGGACCAAGGUCAGGCGUAGUCUGCAUGCAAACUCCACGUUUUGUUUUCUUCUGUUCAAUGGUUGACAGACGGUAACAACGUUCCUGAGAUAUUGCAUUGAUGACAUCACUUUUUGGGUUUUAUCUUGCUUAUCAAAUACGCCGUGAGUAAUUCAACAGUAUUCCGCUAAGCAUACGAUUCAAAUAACAAGCUAUCUGAAGGAAAUAUAAAGAGGAAAACCGUAGUGUUUGCAUGCAGAUAAGCCGGGCCGCACGGAGUGGACUGUCAUGGCGGCGUCACGUCGCAUGUGGUCGGUUAACCAAAGCGUAUAGUUAACCAUGAUGUUGUAUUUUCUCUAAGUAUUCGACGUUUUGGACUUGUCAGUUUAAUAAGAUAUUUUUGCUAUAACGCUGCUGUUGGUUUUUAACGGAAUCAAUUAAGAUGCCAUUCGUUGAUAUCGAACCGUGAAGUUGUGAACGUAGUCUACUUUUUCGUUAGCGCUGGAACACGGCCCGGCCGCCAAGCAAGGCAGGCGGUUAUUACCGGGAUCGAUACAGAUUUCUUUAGCGUGACGCUGACGGCAUAAUGACGAUGCAAUGUUACUCUCAAAAGGCUGCUAAACUAGAGCACUCAGCCGUAGCAUAACAAAUGCCCGUUUUAUGUACGAAGUUCGGAAAAGAUAACAUUUAGAUUAACUUUGUAACUUAGCAAUUUUGAUUAGCGUUUCGUUGUCGGAGAGGUAUCAUAAAACAUAUGACUGGGUCAAAAUGUAGUGUAAACAGUAUAUUAUAAAACUUAGACAACUCGUAGGAUCAUAGAUAGGACUUUUCUGAAAUUUAUAAACGUUAAACAUACCUAGUCGUAUAAUUUCUAAAUGAGGUGAAUGAUGAAGUGUUUGUCGAAAGUUGGGGAUGCUGUUGCAUGGGUGUUUUACAGUAUUACGAGGAUCGAUUUCACAUUCGUUACUGAUACGAUUCAGAUCUCGUUUAGCAAUUAAUCGGAGUGAGGUCUCGCAUCGAUUGGCAACGUCAGAAACGAAAUAAGACAACAUUCGAUGUUUUGCGAAUUUCAAUACAACUAUAUUACUAUGUGGACUAAUUGCUGUAGAGUAAAACAUGUUGAUAUUUUAUAAAUGUAUGUUCAAGUAAAGGAAACCGUAAACAUCUAAUAUUGUUCCACAUUAUAUUGUUGUUGAAAUGAUUCACAGCUUACAAUCGGAAAUUAGGGAAGUAGAAAAAUAUGGACCUAUAUUUGGAAUAUUUUGACAUUUUAGAUUACUAUAUUUUUUUAGUGUAUGAGAUAGUAAGGUAGUUCCUAGCGUCGUGUGGGUAUCUCGCGGGGCACACGGCAUAGGUUUAGCUGAACCGUAAGGUUUGUAACUGUCUAUUUUGCUUAAAUAUCGGAAAUGAAAAACAAUGAGGGCUAUCGUUUUUAUACUUAACAGUUGGCACCCCUGGCGAUUGACAGGACGUUACUCUACAGUGGCGCCAUCUUGAUGAGUGCAAAUGCGAUAGUCCUCCUACCACUUUAGCACUCACCAGAUGGUGCCACUGUCUUCGCUACUAGCAAGUGACAAGACCUUACUCUACAGUGGCGCAAACUGGUGAGCGCUAAAACGAUAGCCCACAUUCUAUAAACAUAAUUAUACGGUUGUAGGAUAUUAUGAUAGUUUUGGAUCAUUUCAAUGACAUCGAAUUUUGGCACGCCUGAUGUCCUGGGACCUAGUACCCUCGUAUCGUGUCAACAGUAAAAUACAAAGUUGAAGGCAGGCAUGAAAAUUAAAGUUAGCGGAGGACGGGUGUUGAUGUAAAUAUUUUUACAUUUCGAAUUAAUGUAUUUUGAAGUGUCACAGAAUAAUAACUUCGAGCACAUACAUACACUUUAUUCAUUAAUUCUGAUGUGAUUUUAAUAAGGUUUAAUAUUGUAUUUCUCGUCGAUGCGGCGGCCCUCGUUGAAAAACUUGCGUGCUUCAAUUGUUUCUAUGAUAAUGAUUAAUAAUUCUCGUCUUCCUUGUAUUUGAUGUUGCGCACAACGUUUAUAGCGUAGUUAAUUCUUCAUAUCAGAUAUUUUAAAGAGACGUUGUUAGGGUAUUAUGAAAUUUAGUUGGUGAUUGUGCGGUUAAAUGGGACAAGUUUUUCAACGGAUGGUCCACAGGUGAUGAUGAUGAGGGUUCCAUCUGUUGCGGUGCGUCCAGGAGACCAUGCCGAGUGGUGGGUCACGAUCAAUUUUGCGGACGACGGUCUAUCUACACUAAGACUCGUUAAAUAGUUGUUUGUUAAAAUAUUUAAGAAGCAUGUUAGCUAUACUUUAACUGAAAACAAGUUGCGCUAAAACAGGAUUCAUGAGAUUCGAUCAUAGAGAAUGAUAAUAUUUUGAAUGUAAAUUUUAAGAAUAAAGUAAAUAAACUUUCAGAAAUCUGUUGUCGUUGUAACGUUAGGUACCUACUCGUCUUCGUAAAACUUAAGUGAGUUCAAAAUGUGUUCUAACUUUUAAAAAUUGCUGAUUUGCACAUGGCUCGUAAUAGGUAUGGUGACACCAAUUGCAAUUAAUUUAAGCACAUUUUAAUGAAAUGCAAUGCUAACGAUAACUAGCGCUUAAUUCAACAUCAAAAUAUAUGCCUCAAUGUUUAACUUGUUGAGCCGCUAUACCCGCGUUAAUUGAUGGUGUCAACAUGCCUGUUCGUUACUCAUUCAUUGGUAAAUACAUUAGAUUAUAUUGUAUUGUAUAAUUCACAAAAUACCAUUUUGCUGUUAUCGGAUCAUGUGGAAUCAGCAUAUAAUUCAAUAAAUUUACUGAUAGUAAUGAACCAAAGCGUUCAAGUAUUAUCUUGAUUCCGCCAAUCAGACAAUGAAAUUUGCCUAUUUCUAUGUACAGUUGUCAGUGUUAUUACUUCGUCAUGAUAUAUCAUCGCUUAGAGAAAGGGUGUAAUUUAAAUUUCGAUAAUAUUUUAGAAAUAAAUCGCUGGUUGAGCAUUUGAAGUCGUGAGAAGAGUUUCGUUUAUAUUUUUACAAUUCGAAUAAAGUGCAAUAGUUUUUCGCAGUCGACGGCGAACGUGCGUGGCGGUGGGGCGGUGGCAAUAAAAAAGAUCAUUUCGCAGAUUUCAUAGUCGGAAUAAAUUUCCUGGCAAAUUGCUCGCAAUAAUCCCGCAAACACGCGUCCUAUUUUUAUUAUUUCCUCCGUGCUAAGCUAAGCUCGGGGAAGGGAUUUAAAAAGUACAUGGAGGACGCAUAUGCAAUAUUCUUAAUGGUUAAUAUUUUCUAAUUUGCUUUGCAUAGAAAUGCACUGUUAUUUUAAUUUUUAAUUUAUUAAGACCACGGUCCCACCGGGCUCUACUUUAUGACUAAGAAUAAUAAAUUAGUGCUCUCCAAUUCUGCCGGCUAUCUUAUUAAUAAUAGGUAUCCCGAACGAUAGUUUACAGUAUUAGGCUUUGUUUUAUAUUUGCGGGAAAGUACUUGCGCUCAUAUUUUAUUUUAUUGGUUUAACUGUAAGAUCUUUCAUUUUCAUUUUUUUUCGCCUUGUAUACGGCUGAUUUGGAGACUGCUCUUAUAAUAUAUCUCUUCCAUUGUGUCUAUGUAAUGUUUACAGCGAAAAUAAUUUUAAUAACAACCUCAAAAACAUCAAUUUACCAUCACGUAUUUAUUGUUAAAAUAUGAGUGUUGCCAUAUUUUCUUAAGUCAUCAUGUACAAAUUGGAUAUUAUAAGAUCAUUUGUUAUCUGUCAACAGUUGAAUAUUAUGAAAAUAAAAUCAAAUCAAAAGAU